AACAGAAAACAACAGCGCGCGCAGAAGUUCCUCUUUAUCGCUCCGGUGCGGCUCAAUGAGGCGCAGCUCCCAAAAAACCCAGAUCCGCCUUUUAACUGCGCUGGAACUCUUCAUCUGCACACCUCUCCGAUACUCCGGAUGUAACUAAGACACAGUUCAUGACGUUACUGAGAAACGACGAAACGAGAAAAGUGUGAGACGUUGAGAUGUCGGAAAAAUCACACUUCUGACUGUGAAAAAGCGCCGAAACUGGAGACUCCUUCCUUACGUAUUAAAAAUAAAACCCCUAAUCCAAGCACAAACCAUGGGCUGUAAAAAAUCCAAGCCUGCUGAGGGGCAGAGUGGAGGUUCGUUUGGUGUGAAGAAGCGUGAGCCUGUCCAGCCUGAAAAAACGGUAUAUGUGAGAGAUCCAACCUCCCCUAAACCCCAUACUAUAAAUAAUGCUCCUCCAUCAGGACUCCUUCCUGGGCAGAGAUUCCAACAAAUGGAAGAGCAACACGAACAGGGCAAAAUAGUGGUGGCUCUGUACCCGUACGAGGCGAUCCACCAGGAUGACCUGGGAUUCAAGAAGGGGGAGAAGUUGAAAGUUCUGGAGGAACACGGCGAAUGGUGGAAGGCAAAAUCUCUGAGCACAAGGAAAGAAGGUUUCAUUCCAUCAAAUUACGUCGCCCAGGUGGACACCAUGGAGACGGAGGAAUGGUUCUUCAAAGACAUCACAAGAAAAGAUGCAGAGCGACAACUGCUAGCACCGGCUAACAAACCCGGUUCUUACCUCAUCAGAGAGAGCGAGACAUCCAAAGGAAGCUACUCGCUGUCCAUCCGAGACGGCGGUCCUCAGGGUUCAGACAUUGUGAAGCAUUACAAAAUCCGGAGUAUGGACAACGGCGGCUACUACAUUUCCCCCAAAAUCACAUUCCCGGAUAUUAAGAAAAUGAUCCAUCAUUAUCACAAGCAAUCAGAUGGGCUGUGUCGUAAACUCGAGAAGCCAUGCGAAAGGCCCAAAGCCCAGAAACCGUGGGAUAAAGAUGCCUGGGAAAUCUCGAAAGAGUCCAUCAAGAUGGUGAAGAAGCUCGGGGCAGGGCAGUUUGGAGAGGUGUGGAUGGCGUAUUACAACAACAGCACGAAGGUGGCGGUGAAGACGCUGAAGCCCGGCACCAUGUCAGUGGAGGCUUUCCUGGAGGAAGCGAACCUGAUGAAGACGCUCCAGCACGAGCGACUCGUCCGCCUGUACGCCGUGGUCACCAAAAUCGAGCCCAUCUACAUCAUCACAGAGUUCAUGGCUAACGGAAGCUUGUUGGAUUUCUUGAAAAGCAGCACAGGCUCCAAUUUACAGCUUCCCAAACUGAUCGAUUUCUCUGCUCAGAUAGCAGAGGGCAUGGCCUACAUCGAGAAGAAGAAUUACAUCCACCGAGACCUGAGAGCCGCCAACGUGCUGGUGUCUGAGAGCCUGCUGUGUAAGAUCGCAGACUUCGGCUUGGCCAGAAUCAUCGAGGACGACCAGUACACGGCCAGAGAAGGAGCAAAGUUCCCCAUCAAAUGGACCGCACCGGAGGCUAUAAAUUACGGUUCCUUCACCAUUAAGUCUGACAUGUGGUCUUUUGGGAUUCUCAUCUAUGAAAUAAUCACGUUUGGGAAAAUCCCUUAUCCAGGAAUGAGCAACAGUGAGGUCAUGUCCUCAGUGCAGCGUGGCUACCGGAUGCCCCGUCCUGAAAACUGCCCCCCCGAACUGUAUGAAAUCAUGGGCACCUGCUGGAAAAAUAAACCCGAAGACCGUCCCACCUUCGACUACAUGCAGAGCGUCCUGGACGACUUCUACACGGCCACCGAGGGCCAGUACCAGCAGCAGCCCUGAGGCUGGCUCCUGCUCCUCCCACCCACGCCACCUGCUGCACCUACAUUAUUUAUACUUACCCUCAGAGAAGCUGUGCCUCGGGAAGAAAUCCUGUAUAAAUAUAUGUAAAUAGGAAUAAUAUAUAUAUAUUUUGCAAUCUACCAGCUUGCUUACGUUUAAGCAAGAUCCACACGGCUUCUUCAAAUUGAAGUGUUAGCUGCUUGCCUGUAAAAUGAUAAAAAUGUUAAUUGUGAUUUUACCUGAAAGUUUUCUUCUGAUUGUGUAAUCUGACUGUUGAGGAGUUUAGAGAAUCCGGCACUUCUGAUCCAUUCGAUGAGCAAAAAUCAUGGAUAUAAUUAAUAGAAAUGUAAAAAUAUAUAUCUUAGUUCUGCUUCAUUAACCAGUAUUAUAAACGCUGAUAUUUUAUAGAAGCCAUAAACACGUGUUCUCCAGCCGUAAUUGUCAAAAUACAUCCAGAUGGGAGAAACAGAGCUCCUGAUUACUAUGAUGAUUACUGUGGGCUAAUUAUCAAACUCUGAUUUGUUGGUCAUGUCAUUUAACGUCUUCACACACAUGGGCUAUUUGUCCUCCUCCUCUUUCUUCUUCUUCUUCUUUUUCUCCUUCUUCUUCUUCUCCUUCUUCCUUUUCUCCUUCUCCUCCUCCUCCUCCUUCUUCUUUUUCUCCCCCUUCUUCUUCUUCUUCUUCUUCUUUUUAUCCUCCUCCUCAUUCCUCUUCUUCUUCUUCUUCUCCACCUCCUUCUUCCUUUUCUCCUUCUCCUCCUCCUCCUCCUUCUUCUUUUUCUCCCCCUUCUUCUUCUUCUUCUUCUUUUUAUCCUCCUCCUCAUUCCUCUUCUUCUUCUUCUUCUCCACCUCCUUCUUCUUUUUCUCCUCCUCCUCCUCCUUCACUAUCAGCAAUACCGUUACUCUCACAACUUAAUUUAAUCAAAAUUCUUUACUGGAAAUCUCUUCAUCAACAUCUGAACUGAUCUGAAAUGUCACAGUUGCAUUUAUUAAAUAAAUCAGAUUUAAAGGUUAAAACAUCCUGUCCAAAUAGAGCAGAAAGAGCAGUCCAAAUAGAUCACACUCCAUCAUUUAUUUAUUUAUGUAUUUAUUUGAAAACCCCUUUCCUAAAGGUCAGACAUCUUAAUCCAGGCAAAGAGUCAAAGUGUCUCUGUUAGACGAGUCAAAUGACAUGACACAUGGCAAAAAGACUUUUUGGGAAUUUUUCCCAACACUACCGUCAAUAAUACUGUAUCUAACCUGCUCCUGCUCCUGCUGUCUUCCUCUUUCAUCUCUCAUUCAGUAAUAUUCAUUUAUCAUUAAGUCAUGUUUUUUAAAUGAGUGAAUGCAGAGUGAUUGAGAGAAAUGGAGAGAGAGAGAGAAAGAGAGAGAGAGAGAGAAAAACAAAAAACAGAGAGAGAGAGACAGAGAGAGAGAGAGAAACAGAGAGAGUGAGAGAGAGAGAAACAGAGAGUGAGAGAG